AUGAAUCGCAUUACUUUUAUAUGUUUGAUCUUCUCGUUUCUCUUUAACUUUGGUGCCUCUAUUGUAAUUCGCAAGCCAGUAAAGGGAACCGCUUUUCCGGUCGGUGUGGACAUUCCUGUUAAGUUCUGCCCCGAACCUGGGAUUACUACAAUCGACACUAUAUCUCUUAUCGCUGUAAACCAUCCUACGCAGACAAUUGGAGUAAAUAUUGCAGUACAACCAGGAACAAAGUGCAUUACGUAUAAGUUUCACCCGUCCCAAAAUCUUGCCGUCUCUCCUUCUACCUACUUUGAAAUCGUUGCUCAUGGAAUUAAUGGUCAAGUAAAGGCUCUUUCUGCGACUUUUACUGUUGGUAAACCUGGAUUCGGGUUAAUUAUUACCCAUCCUGUCACGGAUACAAGUAUUCAAUGUGGCCACAAACUUAAGAUUCGAUGGAAAGGCCCACUUAAGUUAUACAGAGGCCUUACUUUUACCAAAUUUUAUUUGAGUGAGGCUGGUGUAACCAACUUUCUAUUUGCGCCUCCAGCAGGAAAUCUUCCAGUUGCUAUUACACCGGGCGAAAAAACCGUCUACGUUCCCUUUGGUCUCAAGAGCGGCUCCGUUGUUGAACUCCUUCGCAACGGUAAAGUUGAGCAAUAUCGUUCAGAUAACUUGGGCUCCGUUGUCCCUUCUAAUGCAAGAUUGUACGAAAACGAAUAUUAUUUGACUGAAUAUGAUCUGAAAGACGCCGUUUUUGCUAUCACUUAUUACUCGUUUAUAUAA